AGGACAAUGUCAAGAUCCCCCGCUAUAAAUUUCAGAACCAGAAUGAUUGAAGCUUCAAUCUCUCAGACCCCACCUUAAAUCGUCGUCGGAACUGUUCUCAGAUGAAGAUAGAGAUGGAGAAGGAGCAGGAGCUUGAGUGGAGUAAAGCGCAGGGCAUUGGAAUAAGUGUGGACCUUGUGGCUGCAGCAAAGCAGCAGCUUCAGUUUCUUGCUGCUGUUGAUAGGAAUCGGUAUUUGUACGAAGGGAAGGCUCUUCAGAGGGCUAUCUAUAGGUACAAUGCUUGUUGGCUUCCAUUGCUUGCCAAACAUUCUGAGUCCCAGGUUUUUGAGGGUCCUUUGGUUGUGCCUCUUGAUUGUGAAUGGAUUUGGCACUGUCACAGGCUCAACCCGGUUCGAUACAAGACUGACUGUGAGGAACUUUAUGGAAAGAUUCUUGACAACUCGAAUGUUGUGUCCUCUGUUCAAGGUUCAUGCAAAAGUAAAACUGAAGAAAUUUGGAAUUGUCUGUAUCCAGAAGAACCAUACAACUUCAACUUACAAAAGGCAUUGUCUGAGGAUAUAUCUGAAAGGAAUUCCAAACUUGACAAUUGCACCAAAUAUGAUCUGGUUUCAGCUGUUAAAAGACAGUAUCCUUUCUUUUACCAGGUAUCUUCACCCCAUAUGAACCAUGAUCUGUAUCUUGAAGCAGCUGUGUCUAGAUAUAAAGGGUUUCUUCAUUUAAUCAAGAGCAAUAAUGAGAAGUCUCUACGACGUUUCUGCGUUCCAACAUAUGACAUUGAUCUCAUCUGGCAUACUCACCAGUUGCAUCCUGUAUCAUAUUGUAAAGAUCUGCAUGAACUACUGGGAAAGGUAUUGGAGCAUGACGACAUGGACUCAGACCGAACUAAAGGGAAGAAGCUGGAUACUGGGUUCUCUGGAACCACCAAGCAAUGGGAAGAGGCAUUUGGUACCAGGUAUUGGAGAGCAGGAGCAAUGUAUAGAGGCAGUGCUCCGUCUCCUCUCACAACCACUCCAUAUCAGUCUAACGUCAUUAGCAAGGAUGUAACUGCCCAUCCUGAUCUUCAGAAAGUGAUUGAGCUACCAGAGGUGAAAGCUGUGGAGGUCCUUUUGGAGUUUCUGGAAGUUAAGAACUUACCAGAAGGACACAAAGGGAUGCUCUUUGCCUCAUUCAAUAAGACCACACAGGAUAUAUUUUUCAAUGCUAAGCGGCGACUCAGCAUUUUCUCUGAGUUUGGAGAGAAACAGGUUGCUUCUUUCCAGUGUGAACCUACUGGAGAGCUGCUUUUUGAACUCAUGUCCCAUUCACCUUCACAGAUACCAAUGAAACGAACAUAUAAAACAUUAGGUUCCGCUUCAUUCUCUCUUCAAGACUGUCUACUCCCACCUUCUAAAUUAUAUGUAGAAAAAUGGUUGGAGAUGGUGCCAAGCUCUGAAGUUGGGAACCUAAAACCAAUCUACCUGCGGUUCGCUAUGUCUUUUACUAUUCCGGCCAUAGCACAGCACACACUUCACAUAGUUCGUUCUCGACUAUUUUCAAAAAGUUCUUGCUUUUUCCCCUUUGCUGGGAAGAAUCAAGAUGCCAAGAGUUGGACACAAGUGAUUGAUGAAACUGGGACAGAGGUCCUCCGCUUGCAAAUGAGGGAUGCAGAAAUGGAAAAGGUAAAGGGAAUCAGCGUCCCAAAAAAAGAGGUGGUUGGAAUUACCAAGUCUGGGAAAAUAUGCACUCUUGCAGAAUGUGUGGGUACUGGUUGGUCUUUGAUAGAUUCCCACUGGUCCCUUCAUCGUGAGAAAAAUUCUGAGGGACACCUCUUUCUGCUAAAGGGAAAAAAGAUGGUCAAAUUCUUCCCAGGGAGAAAGCUGGAUUAUGAACCUAAGCAAUGUGAGAAAUUAACAAGUGAAAAUAAAACUCAACAACACUUCAUGACCUUGGUUGAAUUCUCAGCUGAAGAUCCUUAUGGCAAAGCAGUGGCAUUGCUUGACUUAAAAUCUGGAUGCAUCAAGGUAAAGGAAGAAUCAAUAACAGUCCCUGGGAUCAUAAUGGCUUUUAUGCUGUCGAAUAAGCUAAAGAAGGAAAGAUAUGGUGGAUUUGCGGUUAAUGCUGCGGAGAAGGGUAGCGUAGAGGAAGAAAUUAAUGAGAACCCUGAGGAAGGCAAAGAAACCAACUUGAGCUCUUCCGGAGCAAGUGAGGUUAAGCUUAAAUCUGAGGUGGUUGAAGGAAAUGUAGUGACGUCUCAAAAAGGCGGAGGCUGUGGUGGAGCAUGUGGCAGUGGGUGUGGAAAUGCCACAAGGACUGCUGGCUCUGCUGGCUCUGGUGGAUGUGGAAGUGGUUGUGGUGGAGGAUGUGGAACCAUGGAGAAAAGUAGUGGUUGCGGCAGUGGCUGUGGUGGAGGAUGUGGAAAUUUGGUGCAGAGUGGCGGUUGUGGAGGGUGUGGUGCUGGCUGUGGAGGUGGGUGUGGAAACAUACUGAAGAGUGGUGGCUGUGGUGGGUGUGGCGGCGGCUGUGGUGGUGGCUGUGGAAACAUGCUGAAGAGUGGUGGCUGUGGUGGUAGCGGUGGUUGUGGUGGUGGGUGUGGAAGCUUAUUCAAGGGCAAUGGUUUAUAUGAAAAUACAUCUGGUAACUCAUGUGCCGAAGACAGCCCAAAGGCAGUAGUUGUUUGAUAUCUGUGGAUAAUGCUUCAGAUUAGAGUUGUAUAGCCCCAGUACUUGUAUGCAGAGUGUGCCUAAAAUAAAAGCUACUCCACCAAGUAUAGCUUCCAUCUGUUGUAUUGUGUAUUGCAUUUAGUUGUCUCUCUUGCUCAAUGUAAGUAUUGCAUUUACCUUCCGUUUCAUGUACAGAAUGGUUUGUGUUGUGGAAUAAGUUCCUCUUGAUUGUAUUGCAUGGGAGUAUGUAUUGAAUUGAACAUUCAAAAGCUCAAAGAGCCCUAUAACAAGUUGAAUUCGUGU